CAUGUGUUGAUUCAAUCGAUGCGCAACCGGGUUCGCUCCCAUCAUGCCCGGCCACCUCCGCAUUCUCACUCGGCAGGGGUAUUUGUCACAGUGCCUCAUGGAAGGAAGCUAGCUGCGGCACAGGACGUGCACCAAAGCUUUCCUGAUACCAUAGAUCAGAUCUUAACCACGAUUGAAGGCCGCCGACUACGCUCAACUCCUUCCUUCCACUGACACAUCCACCCAUCUCCUGCGUCUAACAUGAGCGCACGCCGCAGAAACCUCAGGUCCCAUGACGACUCUGACUCAGAGACGGAAGGCCUGACACAAACAGAGCUCAGGUUCUCAUCACGGCAUAUCCCCAACACAACUGUCUCGCUCCUUCAGCGUGCUUCCUCAUCACCGGGAAGGGGUUAUCUGCCUCUUUACGUUAUUGAGAGUGUUAAGACGCAUGCAUCCCUUGAUGCACCUAGUUCGAUACACAAAUUUAUCCUUGAUGAUGAAGGGUCGGAGGUUGACGCCAAGCCUGUAGAGGGAGGAAGCGGAGAAGAGGGAAAAGGGGGAGAUGACAGAAAAUUCAGGAGGGAACACGUGGCAACUAUAGAGUGGAGGGUAUUUAGUAAAGAUUUGAUUACGAUGGGCAAUGGAGAGAAGAAGAUGUUGAAAGAUGUUUUGCCUAUGACGGGGAUUUUACGGCGGUACACGAUGCAUAGAAGCAAAGGAGAUUGGCAAUGGAGUGUCUUAGGUGACCGACCGAGACUGUUGAAUGCAUCAGGACAAGUGAUAGCGCGAUGGUCGAGAUCGAAGAAAUUCAAGAUAGAGCCCACUGAGGAUGAAGAAGGCGCUGCCAGCGAUCAACAACAACAACAACAACAUUGGCUGCAGAACCGGGCGCCGAACACCAGCACCCAAGCCCCCGCGCAGACGGGCGGCGGCAGGUUGAUUUUAGCACCGGAGGCGAUGGAGGAACUCGAUAUGAUCAUUAUCGGUGUCGUUUGUUGUGACCAGAAGAUCAGAAGACAGAAGCGUUAAAAGAUCGGGUGCGUAUUAUUGUAUACACGUGGAACUUGGUUUGGAGGCUUGUCGCAAAGAUUGCUAUGCGCUUUAUGUGAAAGUAAUGCAGUUUUCGGCUCGUUCCAGUCAACGGAAGGACACCAAAAGCUGCUUGUGCUGUAUAUAUAUUCAUGGUUCCCAAUAUGCUCAACAACUCAUUG